AUGACUAGCAGAAACAAGCAUUUUCGCGCACGACGGCUGUUCCAGGAUGACGCCUUGAACUUGAAACUGGAACGCGCCGGGGGGCCGUUCGGAUUUCUCAAUCCGACUAGAGCUCACUUCCUCUAUUCUGUCUUGACGACAUCGAAAAGCGGCGUUACGACAACCCACGCGAAGGUGGAGCCUGACCGUGAUUUCACGAAGCACGACGACUCCGAUCCAAAUUACCCAGCAAAACAUGUCAGAUUUCUUUGGCGUUCUCGCGACAAUCGCAAGGGCCGUCAUGCCCUGCUUGUCGAAAGACCAGCUCCUGGAGAAGACUCCCGUUUCCUAGUACCCCGCCUCACGUCUCAUCCCAGGGAAGUCCUGAGGAACAUCAAGAAGACCUUUACUUAUUUUCCAGUGUGGGAUAUUUCCUGGCUCGUGGCUUUUAUCUUCACGUUGGGAAGUAUGGUGUGGGUCUUGAAUGGCUUCUUCGUUUGGUUGCCGGCCGUGGCUCCCUCUACCCAGUUCCACAAUGAAAUCCUGUACGGAGGCGGCAUUACGGCCUUCGUUGGAGCCAUUAUAUUCUUCGAGACCGGGUCAAUUCUUCUGGUCCUCGAAGCAAUCAAUGCGAAUAAUCCAGGCUGUUUUGGAUGGGCCGUAGAACAAGUUCUCGACCACGAGAACGGCGGCAAAUCCAAGGUACGAGUCACUGCGAAUCGACAUCACUGCCGCCACCAUCACCAGAACAGGCACAACUUUGUCGGGAAAAGUUCCCCCUCCACCGUGCCAGAGGUACAAUCGGCCGGACCGGACGCACAGAACGGACAAAGCUGGCAGUGGUUCCCAUCAUGGCAUGACCUUCACACGCAUUAUUUGCACGAACUAGGCUUUCUAGCAGGAGCGGUUCAAUUAUUCGGUGCGACGAUUUUCGGCAUUUCUGGAUUCACCGCUCUCCCUGGUAUCAUUGAUCAUCUAAAUUCUCAAAGUGCUCUGAACGGAGCGUACUGGAUCCCACAGGUGAUGGGUGGCAGUGGUUUCAUUGUGAGCAGUAUACUAUAUAUGCUCGAAACUCAGAAGAGAUGGUAUAUCCCUGCAUUUCGUAUUCUGGGCUGGCACAUUGGAUUCUGGAAUCUUGUUGGCGCCGUGGGAUUCACGCUCUGUGGCGCAUUGGGUAUGGCAUAUGGAAAUUCAGGAGCGCAGUACCAGGCUGGAUUGGCUACAUUUUGGGGCUCUUGGGCUUUCCUGAUUGGCAGCUACUUGCAGCUUUACGAAAGCCUAAACAAGUAUCCUGUAGAAGAGAUGUCUAAGAAAAGGAGCAGUAAACCAAUGAAGGGUCAGAGGAUAUCAAAUGACUUAUGGGGUGUGACUUAG